AAAUGACAACAAGAAAUCUUCUUGUACGUUCAGCAACUCACUGCUCCAUAAACUCCUAUUUUGGCACCAACCCACAUACUUUUAAUUCUAUGCUCAGAAGAUUGCUAUCUUCUUCUUCAAAAUUCAUCCAUAUAAACCCUAAUUCACCCUUCAAAUUUCGCCCAAUUUUCCUCUUACCAUCAUCAUCUCUCAAUUCACCAAUCAGAGUCUUUGCCAUGGCUGGGAAAGAUCAGACCUUUGCAACCUCAACUUCUGGCCAGCAAUCUCAUCAAAACAAGCAUACUAAUCGUCUUGCUUCAGAACACAGCCCUUAUCUUCUUCAGCAUGCUCAUAACCCUGUAAAUUGGUACCCAUGGGGUGAAGAGGCAUUCAAACAAGCUCGCGAGAGGGAUGUGCCCAUUUUCUUAUCAAUUGGAUAUAGUACUUGUCAUUGGUGUCAUGUGAUGGAGGUAGAAUCUUUUGAAGAUGAUGGGGUUGCAAAAUUGCUUAAUGACUGGUUUGUUAGUAUCAAGGUGGAUCGUGAAGAACGACCGGAUGUGGAUAAGGUGUACAUGACCUAUGUCCAAGCUCUAUAUGGUGGUGGCGGGUGGCCAUUAAGUGUCUUCCUUUCUCCCGAUUUAAAGCCGUUGAUGGGUGGAACCUACUUCCCGCCUGAUGAUAAGUAUGGGAGGCCGGGGUUUAAAACCGUGCUCAGAAAAGUGAAAGAAGCUUGGGAGAGUAAGAAGGAUGUGCUUGUUAAAAGCGGAACAUUUGCCAUCGAACAAUUAUCGGAAGCGUUGUCUUCUAGUGCGAUAUCCGACAAAUUGUCCGACGGACUUGCGCAGACUGCAUUACGGGAGUGCACAAAAGCUCUUGCUGAAAGUUAUGAUCCAAAAUUCGGUGGAUUUGGUUCCGCCCCCAAGUUUCCCCGGCCGUCUGAGCCUCAAUCGAUGAUAUAUCGGUCAAAGAAAUUGGAGGAAUCGGGAAAAACAGGUGAAGCCGAAGAAUAUCUGAAAAUGGUGUCCUUUAGCUUGCAAUGCAUGGCAAGAGGUGGGGUCCAUGAUCAUGUUGGGGGCGGCUUUCACCGUUACAGCGUGGAUGAAUGCUGGCAUGUACCGCACUUUGAGAAGAUGUUGUACGAUCAAGGUCAACUUGCCAACGUGUAUCUUGACGUCUUUUCUAUCACGAAGGACGUCUUCUACUCACGUGUUGCUCGUGAUAUUCUUGAUUAUUUGAGGAGAGACAUGAUUGGACCCAAUGGCGAAAUCUUUUCUGCCGAGGAUGCUGAUAGUGCUGAAUCUGAAAACUCUAAAAAGAAAAAAGAAGGCGCGUUUUACGUGUGGACCAACAGUGAGGUUGAUGACAUAGUUGGAGAUCAUGCGACUCAUUUUAAGGAGCAUUAUUACGUCAAGAAAUCGGGAAAUUGUGAUCUUUCUCAGAUGAGUGAUCCGCACAAUGAAUUCGAAGGGAAAAACGUACUCAUUGAAAGAAAUAGUGCAAGUGUGAUGGCAUCGAAAUUCGGUAUGCCACUCGAGAAUUAUCACGAGAUUCUGGGUGUAAGUCGUAAAAAGCUUUUCGAUGCGAGAUCGAAGCGGCCUCGACCCCAUCUUGAUGAUAAGGUCAUUGUAUCAUGGAACGGGCUUGCGAUUUCAUCGUUUGCUAGAGCAUCUAAAAUCCUCAAGAAUGAACCCGACGGGACAAAAUUCCACUUUCCUGUUGCUGGAACUAAUCCGGAGGAUUACAUGCAAGUUGCAAAGAGAGCAUUGUCAUUCAUAAAGGAAAAUCUUUACGAUCAGCAAUCCCGAAGGCUGCAACACAGUUUCAGGAAUGGACCUUCGAAAGCGCCUGGAUUCUUGGAUGAUUACGCGUUUUUGAUUUCCGGGUUGCUAGAUGUGUACGAGUACGGUGGUGAAAUCUCUUGGUUGUCGUGGGCACUUGAACUCCAAGAAACACAAGAUGAGGUGUUCCUUGACAAAACCGGAGGUGGUUAUUUUAAUACCACGGGAGAAGAUGAGUCGGUUCUUCUCCGUGUGAAAGAAGACCAUGACGGUGCUGAACCAUCUGGCAAUUCGGUUUCCGCAAUGAAUCUUGUGCGGCUUGCGUCCAUGUUCACGGGAGCCAGAUCCGAUCGUUACAAACAAUAUGCAGAGCACCUUCUGGCUGUCUUUGAAAAGAGGUUAAAGGAAGCUCCGGUGGCUGUUCCGUUAAUGUGUUGUGCUGCCGAUAUGCUCUCCGUUCCGUCAAAGAAGCAAGUUGUUUUGGUCGGGAAGAAAGCGACUCCCGAAAUGGAAGGCAUGCUUGUUUCGGUUCAUGCAUCUUAUGAUCUGAACAAAACAGUGAUACAUAUAGACCCGAAUGACGAGGAAGAGAUCGGAUUUUGGAAGGAGAAGAACCCGAAUGUUGCUGCCAUGGCAAAGAGUAAUGUGGUUGCUGAAAAGGCGGUGGCUCUUGUUUGCCGAGAUUUUGCUUGUAAAGCUCCGAUUACUGAUCCUCGAUCUCUUGAAGCUUCCCUUUUAAAAGGGAAAGCGUAGGUGUUGAAUGUGUAAUCCCUAAAUCAUCGAUCAUGAUGUUCUUUUGUAGAUAAACAUAAGAGGCGACAAAAUAAGUGCAACGACUUUUUG